AUGCCAGCCCCUGAUGCGCUAGGCUGUACCAUUCAAGGAAAGCUGUGCCAGCCCCUUGCCGUGCCGUACCAGCCCCGAACCGCUGUCGAUGCACGUCCCGUGGUGACGCGGCGGGGCCGCUGGGCGGCGCGCCGGGAGCGGCGGGAGGCGGCGGGGCGGGAGCACCGGGAGCACCAGGAGCACCGGGAGCACGGGGAUCGGCGGGAAGAGGAGAAGGAGCUGAGCCUGCCACGGCGAGGACGAGCCUUGCCCCCGAGCAGCCAGAGCCCAACACUGCUGAGCCCCUGCAGCCCCUUACUAACCCUGCACCCCUGGAGUUGCCGAAGCAGCAAUAGGAAGAGCUUAGUGGUGGGGACCCCCUCUCCAACCCUCUCACGGCCUCUCUCCCCACUCUCCGUGCCAACAGCAGGGAGCAGCCCCUUGGACAGUCCACGCAACUUCUCUGCCAGCGCCUCCAUCAACUUCCCCUUCGCUCGCAGCCAUGCUCCUCGGACUGACAGGGCUGAUGGCAGAAGGUGGUCACUGGCUUCGUUACCCUCCUCUGGCUAUGGGACUAACACCCCCAGCUCCACGGUAUCAUCAUCUUCAUCCUCCCAAGAGCGCCUGCACCAGCUGCCGUACCAGCCCACCCCCGAUGAGCUGCACUUCCUUUCUAAGCACUUCCGCAGCUCAGAGAGCGUCACGGACGAGGAGGGUCGGCACUCGCCCUGCCUGCGCCCGCGGUCCCGCAGCCUCAGCCCCGGACGGACCAGUGGAACAUUUGACAAUGAGGUGGUGAUGAUGAACCAUGUCUACAAGGAGAGGUUCCCCAAGGCUACAGCCCAAAUGGAAGAGCGUCUGCAGGACACCAUCACAAACUUCUCUCCAAGCAGUACCCUGCCCCUGGCAGAUGGGGUGCUGGGCUUCAUCCACCACCAGAUCAUUGAGCUGGCUCGUGACUGCCUGGCCAAGUCCCAGGGAGCUCUCAUCACCUCUCGUUACUUCAUGGAGCUGCAGGAGAAACUUGAGAAGAUGCUUCGUGAUGCUCAGGAGCGUUCUGAGAGCGAGGAGGUGAAGUUCAUUGAUCAGCUGGUGAGGAAGCUGCUGAUCAUCAUCUCCCGUCCUGCUCGCCUGCUGGAGUGCCUGGAGUUUGACCCAGAGGAGUUUUACCAUCUCCUGGAAGCUGCAGAAGGCCAUGCCAAGGUUGGCCAGGGGAUAAAGACUGACAUUCCUCGGUACAUCAUCAGCCAGCUGGGGCUCGUCAAGGACCCACUGGAGGAAAUGGUCCAGCUGGAUCACUUUGACAGUGGGAACACCAUUACGCCAGAGAGCAACGAUGCCUGCGAGAGCCAGCCUUUGGCCACUGCUCCUCGGAGGAAGCCCUGUGAAGGGGACUUUGAGACCAUCAAGCUGAUCAGCAAUGGGGCUUACGGGGCUGUGUACCUGGUGAGACACCGGGAGACACGGCAGCGCUUCGCCCUGAAGAAAAUCAACAAGCAGAACCUCAUCCUGAGGAACCAGAUCCAGCAGGUGUUCGUGGAGAGGGACAUCCUCACCUUUGCAGAGAACCCCUUUGUGGUCAGCAUGUUCUGCUCCUUUGAGACGAAGCGACACCUCUGCAUGGUGAUGGAGUAUGUGGAAGGAGGGGACUGUGCCACAUUGCUGAAGAACAUGGGGCCACUGCCAGUGGACAUGGCCAAGAUGUACUUUGCCGAGACCGUGCUGGCACUUGAGUACCUCCACAACUAUGGCAUCGUGCACAGGGACCUCAAACCUGACAACUUGCUCAUCACCUCCAUGGGACACAUCAAGCUGACAGACUUUGGUCUGUCAAAGAUUGGCCUGAUGAACAUGACCACAAACCUCUAUGAAGGGCAUAUGGAGAAGGACACUCGGGAGUUCAUGGACAAGCAGGUGUGUGGCACUCCAGAGUACAUUGCCCCAGAGGUCAUCCUGAUCCAGGGCUACGGGAAGCCUGUGGACUGGUGGGCCAUGGGCAUCAUCCUCUAUGAGUUCCUGGUGGGCUGCGUCCCCUUCUUUGGAGACACCCCUGAGGAGCUCUUUGGGCAGGUGAUCAGUGAUGAGAUCAUGUGGCCAGAAGGGGACGAAGCUCUUCCCACUGACGCCCAGGACUUGAUCACACGGCUGCUGCGGCAGUGCCCCCUUGAGCGCCUGGGCACUGGAGGUGCCCACGAGGUGAAGAACCAUUCCUUCUUCCUGCACCUGGACUGGAACGGGCUGCUGCGGCAGAAGGCAGAGUUCGUCCCCCAGCUGGAGUCGGAGGACGACACCAGCUACUUCGACACUCGCUCCGAGCGGUAUCGCCACUUGGACUCAGAGGAGGAGGAGACCAAUGAUGAGGAGUCCUCAGUGGAGAUUGGGCAGUUCUCCUCCUGCUCUCAUCGCUUCAGCAAGGUGUACAGCAGCUCUGAGUUCCUGGCAGUCAACUCCAGCCUCAGCCUCUCCUCCUCUGACCGGAGCCACUGUGAUGACAAAGAGGAGCGGUGGGACAGGCACUUGGGAGACGAGGACAGGAGCCGGUUGGCGGGUCCAGAGCCCCGGCUCCGCUCCUGGACGUCCUGCAGCUCCACGCCCUACAGCUCCCGGCAUGAGCGAAGCCACAGCCCUGCCGCGCUGCCCAGCACCUACAGCCUGGACACCAUGCCCAAGUUUGCCUUCUCCUCAGAGGAUGAGAGCCCUUGCAUGGCAUUCUCCAAGCCAGAGAGACCCAAGUUUGUGCUGGGAGACCCUGAGGUGGGGACAGGCAAUGCAGUGAAGCCAUCAGGGUUAUCUGCCGAUCUUGUCAGCCUGAACCGCAUCCGGCUGCGGAGCAACAGCACUGGCACCAAGAACUCCACCCCCCAGGGCCUGGAGCCGAGUGGGAGCUGGCGGCUGAGCUGCCAGAAGGAGCUGCCCGACAGGCAGAGAGCUGCACUGGGCAGCCGCGUCCCCAAAUCCGCCUCCGUCUCUGCCCUGUCCCUCAUCAUCACCUCAGAUGACUUUGGUGGUGGUGCCCUGAUGAGUCCCAUCUCCCCCCACUCUCUCUCAUCCAACCCCUCCUCCCGAGACUCAUCCCCAAGCCGAGACUCCUCCCUAGCCAUUGCCAGCCUGCGCCCCCCCAUCAUCAUCCACAGCUCAGGCAAGAAGUUCGGUUUCACGCUGCGAGCCAUCCGCGUCUACAUGGGCGACAGCGACAUCUACACCGUCCACCACAUGGUCUGGAGCGUGGAAGAGGGGAGCCCGGCACAGGAGGCAGGGCUGAGAGCAGGGGAUCUCAUCACACAUGUGAACGGUGAAUCGGUGCUGGGCUUGGUGCACAGGGACGUGGUGGAGCUGCUGCUGAAGAGUGGGAAUAAAGUAGCCCUGAGGACCACUGCCCUGGAGAACACCUCCAUCAAAAUUGGCCCUGCUCGGAAGAACAGCUCCAAGACGAGGAUGGCACGGAGGAGUAAGAAGAGCAGGAAAAGGGACGGCCAGGACAGGAGAAAAUCCCUUUUCAAGAAGAUCUCAAAGCAGUCCUCAGUGCUGCACACCAGCCGCAGCUUCUCCUCGGGCCUCCACCACUCACUGUCCUCCAGUGAAAGCCUCCCGGAGUCCCCCACACACAGCCUGUCCCCAGGUCCCCCCACGCCCUGCCGUAGCCCCGCUCCCGACCUGCCCCCAGAUGCUGUGUCGCCACAGAGCACCUCACCCUCCUCCAGCACCCCAACAUCGCCUGCUGGCCACGUGCGCCCCAGCUCCCUGCAUGGCCUGGCACCCAAGCUGGGUGGGCAACGCUACAAAGUGGGACGUCGUAAAUCCACCAGCAGCAUUCCCCCCUCCCCUCUUGCCUGCACCCCUUCCUCCACCCAGCGCCCACCUUCUCCCCAGCGCUCCCCAUCCCCACUCCCCGGGUAUCCCAAAGUCCCCCAUACCUUCCAGGGCAAGACCUUGUCCCCUCCCACCAUCGUGCGGCAGAGCUCCCGGCCCCGCAGCACCGACUGCCCUCGCUCGCCGCUGCUCAAGCGAGUCCAGUCAGCCGAGAAGAUCGUCAGCAUCCUGGCGGAGAAGAAAAGCGGUGCCGGCAGCCGCAAGCUGGGGCUGGAAAUGCCUCGGAUGGACGGGGAGGCCACCGGGGUGGGCGAGGCGCUGGCGUACUCCGGGGAGCACGGUUACCACCCCGCCAGCUGCCGGCCUGGGGAGAGGCACGACCGGGACCAGGAGGUGGUGGUUAUGCGGCGCUUGAACCUCUCGGAGCGCCGAGACUCCUUCAAGAAGCAAGAAGCGGUUCAGGAAGUGAGUUUUGACGAGCCGGAGCCGGCGCCGGGGGGCGAGGACGGCGGCAAGAGCGAGGCCGGGCAGGGUUCAGCUCUCCGUGGCGGCUCCACGGAGCCCCGGCCGAAGCCCAGCCAGGUCCCGCAGAUCGCGGUGCAGGGCUCCGAGAGCGACGAGCAGGAGCCGGCGGUGGCCGAGUGGGAAUGCCAGGGCUCCUACCCCAUCGGCCACGCUCAGCAGGCGAGUGGCAGCAUCUCUGGGGGCAAGCAGCGGGACCGUGGCUCCUGGCAGCACCGGGACUGUGGGGAAAGAGCAAGCAGCUACCAGCAACUGGCGCGGGGGCCAGCAGCACGGGGCCAGGAGCCGGUGGGUGCUCAGCUCCCAGCGCCCCGGGGCAGCACCUGGAGCGGAGCCGGGCACGCCUGA